AAAAUUCAGUGAUUCAAGACGAAGAAAAUGUGGUGCACCCAUCUACUAGUUCAAAUGAUGAAAUAACUGGUAAUUCAAGUCAAAUCGAUGAAAAUGUACUUAAAAACCUUUCAGAAAAAUCAGUAAUUCAAUAUGAUGAAAAUGCGACACAAUCGUCUAAUGGUUAUUCAAAUCAAACCGAUGAAAAUGCGAUACAACCUUCCACUAUUUCAAAGAAUGAAGUAACUGGUAAUUCAA